CUUAUAACUAUACAUGGACUGCCAAUUCAAUGAAAAGUAAAUGACCACUACUAGGGGGCCGCCAUUGUGCGUGAUUGUGUCCUUUCGAUGUUGGUCACUCUGACAAAUUUUAAUUGUGCCAACUGUAGGGAAACAAAACAUCUAAAGUUUUUGAGAGGUUAUGUUUACAAAAAUACAAAAUAGAAAGUUACAUAUUGAGUGACCAACAUCAAAAGGACACAACCACUAUAAAAAUGGCGGCCACCAUGCAGUGGUCAUUUUUGGGUAUCGCGGCCAUAUGCAUUAGCAGUCCAGGUAUAUUUUUAAGUUCGUGCGAUCCAGGCCAAAUACUGAUUGGUGGAUUGGUGAUUCCCCCAAUGCCCUAAUUUCGUAUUUCGGAGAGAGCCCAAGUUAUUUGGUGUUUAUUAAUUUAUUUUCUUUCUGGUAUAUUUAUCUUAAAAUGCCACCAGUAAGAAGUAAUUUGUGGAAGUAUUUUGUGAAAAAUGAUUCAAGUGGAAAGUGUAAAAUUUGCCAAGUUGAGAUAAAGACUUCAGGCAAUACAACAAACCUCAAAAAACAUCUCCAAAGAAGACAUCCAAAAAUCAAAUUAACUGAUGUUGAAAAAGAAGAACCAUGGAAUAUCAAAUGUAACAAUGACCAGGAAAAGGAACCACAACUAUCCACAAGUAUGGAUAACCCAAAUUCAGCAAUAGCUUUUUCAGAUAAAGAUAAUUUUGAAAUAUUAGGGGAUAUUGGAACGUCUUCUACAAUAUCUAUGGAAGAAAAUAGUAGCUGUAGUAGCAUUAGCAGUGCUGUCUUUCCAGUCUACCGACAAUCUUCAAUAAAGGAGACUUUUUCAACAAUAAAGUCAUUUUCUGAUGGUGGUGUAAGGGCCGGAAAAAUUACUAAUGCAAUUACUUAUAUGAUCGCAAAAGACAACCUGCCCUUGAACACAGUGGAAAAAGAUGGAUUUAAAUAUCUGAUGAAGGUAGUUGUUCCUUUAUAUCGUCCACCCAGUAGGCACAAAAUGUCCACUUUAAUUGAGGAGAAAUAUAACUUUUUAUCGGAAAUUAUUAGGUGCAGAAUUCAGUCAUUAGACUCUAUAACGCUAACAACAGAUGUAUGGACAGAGACCCAAACCACAACAAGCUUUUUAGGUGUAACUGGACAUUUCUUGCUAGAAAGUAAGUUAAAUUCUGUCACUAUAGGGGUCUACAAACUAGGAGAAAGGCAUACUUCAGAGUAUCUUGGACAAUGCCUAUCAAAUAUGUGUGCUGAUUGGAAAAUACCUCAUGAAAAAAUUAUAGCUAUAGUGACGGAUAAUGGAGCAAAUGUUGUUAAAGCUAUAUCUGAUUUAUUUGGGAAAAAUAGACAUCUGCCAUGUUUUGCUCACACUUUAGAUUUGGUAGCUUCAAAAGUAAUAGAAGAAGAGGAUGUUAAAGUAAUUAUUAACAAAGUAAAAACCAUUGUUACAUAUUUUAAGCAAAGUGCAGCAGAUGAGCUUAGAACAAUACAGCCUGCCAACAACACUUUACGACUAAUUCAAUCUGUGCCAACUCGAUGGAAUUCCACCUAUUUGAUGUUGGAAAGAUUUCUUAGUUUAUGCGAGUAUAUUGUUCAAAUUUUAUUAAAAAAUUCCAAAGCUCCAACAAUGUUAGGGGCAUCUGACGUUGAUACAAUAAAGGAAUUGUUACAUAUUUUAGGCCCUAUAAAAACAGUUUCUGAAGAAGUUAGUGGUGAACAAUACGUAAUAGCCAGUAAAAUAAUUCCCAUUACAAACUGCCUUUUUAAAAAAAUUGAUAGUCUAUCCCCUUUGUCUAAUGAAGUUAUUGCUUUAAAAAAAUCAACAAGGGAUAAACUUUUGAAAAGAUUUGGAGCCAUUGAACAAAAUUUAAUUUUAGCAGUUUCGACAAUCUUGGAUCCACGAUUUAAAAAACUGCAUUUUAACAGUCCAGUGGUAUGCUCUAAAACAAUUUCGUUUAUAAAUCAGUCCAUCAAAAAUUUAAGAGAGCAAAAUACACAAGAGAAAGAAAAUAUAUUACAAGAAGAUCAAACACCUUCAACAUCAAAAUCUUCGGACUUAUGGUCUUACCAUAAAGAGCUUGCUGCAAAACAUUGUCACGAAAAUACUAGUGACAGCAUGGACCAAGCUUUUAAAUUAUAUUUGGUCAAUAAAACAAUACCAAUAUCAGAUGACCCAAUUAAAUAUUGGAGUAAAGAGCCAUCUAGUAAUUUAAAGGAACUUGCAUUAAAAUAUUUAUCAAUUGUUGGAACCUCUGUGCCAUCGGAGAGACUGUUCUCAAAAGCUGGAAACAUUAUUAGUCUAAACCGAAAUAGGCUAUCUAGUGAAAAAUUGCAGCAGCUUUUAUUUUUAUCUUCAGUUAAAUAUGAAGACUGGAAUUUGGAAUAGCUCUUUUUUUGUCUAAAUUUUUAUUGUACAUGUUAUUUAUUAAAAUUAGAUAUACAUGUUACAUAAUAUUUAAUUUCUAUCAUUUUAGAUUUAUAUACUUCAUCAUCAUUUCUUUAAUCU